UUUUUUUUCGUUUUGCCGCUUGAAAAUUCGAGAGCUAGCACCACCUUUCCCGAGCUGCUGGGCCUGGGCCCUUCUCUUGGACGUAACUCAGGAUAAAGCACAUGCAUUGACGUAAGCUUUGAGGGGUGAAGAAGAGGCCAUGAUGGCACAUGCCGUUAUGCAGGGCUGGGAUUCAUUCAUAUUGGACCAGCUAUCUCUACAGAGCUCAAUUUUCGGGGUUUUCAUUUCUGGAAUAUUCUCUGUUUGGCCAUGGAUGAACUUGGGCAAUCCAGAUGAUCAGGCAAUGUCAUCUGACCAACAGUUGAAGCGUACGGUUGGUGUAAAGAAUGUAGAUUGGCGAGACGUAGACUGUGCUCGCUUCAGAAAAGCGUUUUGAUCUAAGCGGUCGAAUGAUUCUUAUGGUGCAGUUCACGCAGGGUCAACAACAAGUUUUUCUGAUCUAUAUAAGCUAUCCACCUGGCUUGUCCAGUUUGCUCCGGCCAGGACCAAAUCACUACACUCAGCUGUCUGAAGCGAAAAACUCAAAGUUUCGAAAUUCCUUCCAAUGGCAGAUAACGCUAGUCUCUUCGUUGUGAAGCGCACGUUCUACGAUGAAAAGCCUCACGGACUGGAGCCCGAAUACAAGAUCGCCUUGCCCGCGACGUUUGUCGACCUGAAAGCCGCAAAAGCGUUUGCGAAGGAGGUUCUCAAGCAAGAAGGCUACGACGUCGACCUACUUCCGGUCUACGAGGUGAACAACGAUCCGUCCAACUGGAAGCAUGGUGACGGCGUUAUUGUCUACGCAAAAGGCCCAGAGGGCGAGCUUCUCGAAGUGUCUAUUGACACGAUUGCCAACACCUCGGGCUUGAAGGCUGAGGAACAGACCGGACGGUUACCAAAGCCUCUCUUCCACGUAGUACAGACAAUAGUUGAUUACAAUGAGGAUCGCUCCGGUGCGAAACGGACGUGCAUGGUUGAGGCGACAUUCGACACGGAGAAGGCGGCUAUCGAGUACGGGUUGACCGUGCUGUUGGACGAGGACACCACAAAGUCCGACUUCGUCCAGUACGAGGAGUACAAAGACGGCAACCAGAGCGGAUUCGGACAGGAUAUCAUUGUGCACGCAAUCAAAGAGGGUGGCCAGAACUUUUUCGUCUCUGUCCUCAGUGAAUCUUGAGGUGGAUUGUCAGUAUAAAAUUGGUUAAUCGAAGCGGAGACGCCUCGCAGGAUGUAACAGUACAAAAAGCAUGUUGUGUCUUUGUUAUUUUUAAUCCAUAAUCAUUUGAAUUUCGUCAUCAUUACGGUCGCACUUGGCUAAGGCUCAUAGGCGACGCUUUUGGUUUCUUGGUAUGGUAUCAUUCAGAGUCUUGUAGUGGUCUCGUAUAAUCAUUCUACGCCAAUGUCAAAGCAGGUCUCUGACAUACCAAAACUUCAUGUCCAGCAUAUAAUUGUCCAAAG